UAAAAUUAUUUUCCUCAAAAAAAUUCAAGAAAAAGCCAACCAAAGAAAGCAAAGCAUCUUCCCUCUUUCUUCUUCAUCCUCUUCAUUCUCUUCCUCAUAUUUUCUCUCUCCUCCAACAUUCGAAAUUUUUACAAAAGACAAUCUUCCAUUAUCCAGGCCCUCAUUUUCCGACAAAAACAACCAAAACUUGUCAAAUCCCAAUUAAUUGAUUGGAAAGUUUUAAUCUUUUUGAGUUUUUGGUUGAUGGGUAUUUAAUUUUAUUUUGUGGGUUGGAUCGGAAAAAAAAGGGGAAAUUAGAAAGAGAGAGCUGAAAAAAAAAUUGAGGAGAUGGAGGAGGAUAGGAUUGAAUGUGUAACGACGUCGUCUUCAGAGAGAUUGUAUGAAGCAGAUGUCAAUUACCCACAAAAUCAUAAUCAUAAUCUUAAUCAUAAUCAUAACCUCAAUCAUAAUCAUAAUCAUAAUCAAGCUUCAAAGUCGAGGAGAAAAGUUGCUUCACCCCUGAUUUCUUCAGCUAAUACUGUUGUUGAAAUCUUUGAAUGCCCAGUUUGUGCUAAUGCUAUGUACCCACCUAUUCACCAGUGUCAUAAUGGACACACACUUUGUUCAGAAUGUAAGACAAGGGUCCACAAUCGGUGCCCUACUUGUAGACAAGAACUUGGGGAAAUCAGAUGUUUGGCACUGGAGAAGGUGGCCGAGUCUCUUGAACUCCCUUGCAAAUAUAGCUCAUUUGGUUGCUUGGAGAUAUCUCCUUACUAUAGUAAACUUAAGCAUGAAGCACUUUGUAACUUUAGACCAUUCAGCUGCCCAUAUGCUGGUUAUGAAUGCUCCGUUGUUGGUGAUAUUCCUUACUUGGUUUCCCACUUGAAGGAUGAUCAUAAAGUGGAUAUGCACACUGGUUGUACAUUCAAUCAUCGCUAUGUCAAGUCUAAUCCCCUGGAAGUUGACAAUGCCACCUGGAUGCUAACAGUCUUCCAUUGUUUUGGCCAAUAUUUCUGCUUGCAUUUUGAAGCAUUUCAGCUUGGCGGGGCUCCAGUUUAUAUGGCAUUUCUCCGUUUCAUGGGUGAUGAAACUGAUGCUCGAAGGUACACAUAUAGCUUAGAGGUGGGUGGAUGUGGGAGAAAAUUGACAUGGGAGGGGACCCCACGAAGCAUUCGUGAUAGCCACAGGAAGGUUAGAGAUAGUCAUGAUGGUCUUGUGAUACAUCGUAAAUUAGCACUUUUUUUUUCGGGUGGGGAUCGAAAAGAGCUAAAGCUUCGGAUUACUGGAAGAAUCUGGAAGGAACAGAAUCUAGAAUCUGCAGCAUCGAUAUCUAAUCUUUGUAGUUAAAGGAUCAUUUUUACAUGGCGUGCUGUUUUUUUGGUCAUAUUCACGGUUUUAGCUGUUGACAGUCAACAAGAAAAACCAUGUAAAAUCCGUCAUUUACCUGGCUGUAUGCACGUGUCCUGAUAACGAUCAGAUAGACGACGGAUGGAAGUGUUUGUGCUGAUGAGAGAGGCUUCUGAAGAGAGCCUAUAUUUACGUUGGUCAGGAACACGCUUCUUCUGUUUCAUAAAUGUAUUAAAUAUCAUGUGGCUCCAGAAAAUCGAUUCAGCUGAAUCAAAGGUGGACCGAAUUCUGCAACUCUGGUUUAUAGAUGAGGAAAUUGUGAUUUAGGAUGUCAACUGCGUAUUUCUUCCAACGAUUUGGAAGAUAUAUUGGGAGUUGUGUAACCAUACUCUUUGGUGUAAAAUGAAGCUAUUUAACAUCUCGAAACGCUCUCUUUCUUUUGCUUACACAUUUUACUAGUUUUGGGUGUUUCACCACUCUGAAUUCAAAUCUAAGUAUUUCCCAAAGCC